AUGAUUUUUGUUGAUUAUCAACCACUUUCAUUAGUUGAUAAUAUUGGAUUUUUGGAGUAUUCGAAAAAAUUACAGCCUUUGUAUAAGCCGCCUAGUAGGAAAACGUUAACUAUGAAAUUAUUACCGGAUGAAUAUAAUAAGAUAGCUACCAUUCUUAAAUCUAUGUUAAGAAGUGUCAACAAUGUUUCAAUUACGACUGAUAUGUGGACAUCAGAUAGCAAUAGGGCUUAUUUAACAGUUACGGGUCACUUUAUAUUUAAUGAUCGUUUAUAUUCGCCUAAUUUAUCAACAAGAGAAAUAAUUAAAAUACAUACUGGUGCAAAUAUUGCUACUUCAAUUUCAGCUAUUUUAAUUGAGUAG